AUGGAGCGCGGCUCAAAGACCAGCCAGAAGAGUCGGGACACCGGCUCCACCAGCGAUGCCUCGGAAGACUCUCUGGACACCUUCGAACGCGCGCAGCGGCAGGGCAUUCUCUCCCGUGAGGAGAUCGCCAAUGCUCAAGUAAUCGAUCCCGAGCUCUUCACCAAGGGCAGCUUCUUUUGCUCACUCUCUGCGCUUUUGGCCAUCGUAGGCCUCAUAGAAAUGGGUCUGGAGACGGACUACCGCUGCAACACCGGACGAUGCGUUGGUGACGAACCUGUUUGGGACUUGCUGAAUCUGAUCUUCACCAUCCUGCCCUUGGCCGAGAACGGCCUGCGCCUCUGGGAGGCCAAGCCGCGAAGGUUCAUCAUGGGCGAUAAGACAAAGGUCAAGUUCAAGCUGGACUGGGCGAACUGCACUGAUGCGCUGCUGGUGCUGCUCAGGAUCCUGGAUGUUUGGGUGCUGAGUCCUCUGGGGAUUGACUCAGGCCUGCGCAUGGCGACCGGAUUCAGGAUCCUUCGCAUCGGCCCAGCUGUCAAGCAUUGGCAGGCGACCAAGGAGCUGCGAGAGCUGUGGAUCGUGAUUGGUGCCGUUUCUGAGACGUUCAAGACGCUCAUCUGGGUUGGAGUCAUGCUGAUUUUCGUCAUCUGGACCUUUGGCAUCUUGAUCACCAUGUCUCUUAUAGACCGACGGGGCGAGGAGUUUAACUUCACGGCCUCCGCAUGGACCUUUGCCGACUACUGGGGCAGUGUGCCACGGAGCGCUUACUCGCUCUUCCAGGUUGCCACCAGAGACAGUUGGAUUAGUGCGAUGGUGGCGCCAUUGAUAGAGACUGAGCCACUGCUUCUGAUCAUCUUCGGCUUCUACUUCUGCAUCGGAUCCCUGGCGCUAAUGAACGCCAUCAUCGGUGUCGUCGUCGAGUGCACGCUGUCUGCAGCGAGGGCCAGCACCGAGAAAGAAGACGAGGACAAGAAGAGGGCAGACACCCUGGUCAUGGAUUCGCUGCGACGGAUAUUCCACGAGGGUGACACCGAUGGCUCCGGUGAGCUGGACAUAGAGGAGUGCAAUCGAUGCAUGGAUCGCAUCUCUGGCUUCUGCAGGGUAGGGCCAAGCUUGGAGGUACGAGAUCGGCUCAAGAUGCUGAGAAUGCCUUUCAGCGUCCGCGGCCUAGUGAGCGUGGCGUUAGUGUUGACGGCUGACGGCGAGCGAGAUUUUGAACCCGACCAUGGCCCUGUGGAGGAUCUUGACCUCCUCUUCACCUUGCUGGACACGGAAAGCAAGGGGACGGCCAGGAACCGACUGAAGCCUUGUCAGUUCGGCCUCUGGGAAAGUUGCCUGGAAGAUCCUAAGGUGAACACGGACAUGUUCUUCCGUGGCUGUGCCAAGCUGAGGACGGAUAGCGGUCCCGGCACAAGGCACUGUGACUUUGACGAGUGGAGCAGGGGCCCGGCAAUGGCGUGUGACUUGCACCAGCUGUCCAUCGACCUGAAGCACAACUUGGCCCAAGAGCGAUGCGACCACAACUCGGAGCGCAUACGCCAAGUCAACGAGACCUUGGCGAUUGUCUUGGAUCAUGUGGAUGAUGCCAGCGGCCAAGUCCCCUUGAUGGCCAAUGCUGGGAGUUCAGAGUCCCUCGCAGUACAUGUGCCGACAGACAUGUCCAGACACGCUGAGAUGGACAUCAGCAUCAUGAAGAGCGACGUCGACUUCAAAGAUCCAGUCCUCGCCGCCCGACAGGUGCGGCCCAAGACCUCGAAGUCCGAUAUCAUUCGGGGAAGGUGGCUGAUCCCCGUGGCCCACAAUGAGCAGAGCAUGUGGCUCGACUUGGAUCGCCAAGCCAAGCUCAACGAAGCCAAGGGCGACCUCGGCUCGGCCAAGAUCCACGCUUUGACCCCCCACGUCCCCCAGGUCAAGGUCAAGGAGCCAGCUUUCCGCGACAGUAUAGACCAGCCACCGCCUCCGCCCAUGCCUGCACGUGUUCAGCCUCUCAAGGACGUGAAGUUGUCGCAGGUUGAGCAAGACCGGGCGAGGCUGAACAACCAGAUCGCAAAGGCGUUGCGGAAGCUCCAUCGCUUCGAGUGA